GUCAACUGCCAAAAUUUCUAGACAUCGCGAUAUUGAGGGACUUGAAUCAACGAGAUUCGCAGCGUCCUACGUCUAUUUCCUCGCGCCUGAAGACGGACCCGUAAGGCUUGUCUCAUAAAAUGCCAACUAGAACGCUUUCCCGACCGUAGCCCAUUCCUACCACCUCAAGACGCAGGGUUUGAUUACCUCCAAGUCCCCUCCGCUCAUCCAGCAUGGCUACUAAAGACACCACCACCACCACCGAGCAAGAGCUCGCUCAGCUCCGGCAACAACAAUUUGAAUCCGUCAAAUCCGGGCUCGCGAAGGCGCUCAUCAUCGUAUGCCCGGUCCUUCUCCUCGCCCCGCCUCGAAAACUCAACGUGUUCACACUUGGCCUUUCGUCAGUAUGGUCCGCCAGCUUGGACCAUCAGAUUCAGGAGUACACGGGUCGGUCGAUGUUCCAGCAUCUCGCGCCAAUAGUGUUUAGUACACAGGCCUCGGACGGCUUGCCGACGGAAAAAGCUCGAGAGAUUCAGAGGUUGCUGAGAGAGCAGAGAGAGAGCGGCCGUACGAACAAAGCGGAGCAGGACAGGUUGCAGGCUACGGCGUCCAGAGGUGCCGUGGCUAUGCCGGCAACGCUGGUACGCUCUGAGACCGGGAGCCAGUUGGAGGAACCGCAGCAGCCAGAUAAACGGAGCGUACUGCAAAAGAUGUGGAUGGGAGACGAAAAGGAGGGCUGGAAGGAGAGAAGACUACAGGAGGAGAGGGAGAAACUGGCUGAAGGAAAAGGCUAUUGGGAUAUGAUGAUCGAGCAGAUUUGGGAAGUUUGGAGCUGGGAGAAACAAGAUGAAAAGAAUACUCCUGCAGAUGAUGGGAGCAAGGAACUUUGAGAGAAACGAUGAUUUGAUACCUAGCAGGGCGCAUCGGUCAUUAGGGGGGAUAUAUGGGAAUAAACCUGGGCACUGUUACGAGCGGGGCAACUGUACCAUACGUACGAAACAUUGUAUAACAGUCUCUUUAGAUACAUAUCUGCCAGACUCCUUGAAACCAACCAAUUCAGGGGAAGAUGUCUCAUGGAUUCCACAUGAGACCAACUUCCGUCUCCUCUCGGGAGACCGCUUGAAACAUCAUAAUGGAUAUUUGAC